CCUGCGGCCCAGGCCUCGGUCAGCAACGGCGAGGACGCGGGCGGCGGCGCGGGCAAGGAGCUGGUGGACCUGAAGAUCUUCUGGAACAAGACCAAGCACGAGGUGAAGUUCCCCCUGGACAGCACGGGCUCCGAGCUGAAACAGAAGAUUCACGCGCUCACAGGUCUCCCGCCUGCCAUGCAAAAGGUCAUGUAUAAGGGUCUUGUUCCCGAGGAUAAAACAUUGAGGGAAAUAAAAGUGACCAGUGGAGCCAAGAUCAUGGUAGUUGGCUCCACGAUAAAUGACGUUCUAGCAGUAAACACACCCAAAGAUGCUGCCCAGCAGGACUCAAAGGCAGAGGAAAACAAGAAGGAGCCUCUGUGCCGGCAGAAACAACACAGGAAAGUGUUGGACAAAGGAAAACCCGAAGAUGUGAUGCCAUCGGUCAAGGGUGCCCAGGAGCGCCUGCCGCCAGUCCCCUUAUCCGGCAUGUACAAUAAGUCUGGAGGGAAAGUGCGGCUCACCUUCAAGCUAGAGCAAGACCAGCUGUGGAUCGGCACGAAAGAGCGGACUGAGAAAUUGCCCAUGGGCUCCAUUAAAAAUGUGGUCAGUGAACCUAUCGAAGGACACGAAGACUACCAUAUGAUGGCGUUUCAGUUGGGUCCCACGGAAGCCUCUUACUACUGGGUGUACUGGGUUCCAACUCAAUAUGUGGAUGCAAUCAAAGACACUGUGCUGGGGAAAUGGCAGUAUUUUUGAAAGCACUUUCACCUCUGGCCCAGGAGACUGACCCAAAGUGAAGGACAUUGCUGGGAGAGGCCUGCAGCAUCCCUGGAUUUCAGAGUUCUGGAACUUGGUUCAAAAAAAAACAAACAACACACACACACACAAAAUAGCCGAUCUAAGGUGAUGUGUUGACCGAAGCCAGAGGUGAUGUACUUUCACCAUUAGCUUAAUUUUAACUUAAAAUCACCGGUUCCCUUUCUUGCAGUCAGCUUCAUACCAUUUUUAAAGUCAGUGCGGAGGAACUCAAUAAAUCUGAAUUCUGAACGUGUGGUGUGGCAUACUCUUGAAUGUGGUUCAGAGUAGGUCUGCCAGUGUUGAGAAGAAAAUGAUCCAAAGCUUUCUGGGUUGUCAAGUCAUUUCAGUGGAAGUAUUUUCGUACAUCUUCAGUUGCUAUUAUUUGGGCUGCAUUAGCAUAAAAGUUUAUUUUUUUUCUAUACCCCCCUUUUUGUUUAUAAAAUUGUAUGCAAAUUGUAAGCCAUAUAUUUUCUGUCCAUCGAUUAAGAUUUAAUUUCUAAUUCUUUUCACAUUUUUAGAUUAGUUUUUAUUAAGAAACCCCAAAGAUGUCAGUCCUCUUCUUGUACCUCAUCAACGCGUCCUUUCCUGGGCAUCCUCCCACCCGCCACACUGUUGCUUGGGAAUGAGUGGGCGGUUGCGGGAGUGGAAGGACUCUCCAGGCUUGUCCAGGGAGCUGUUCCCCUUGCUCUUCUGACAUUGGUUGGGCAGCAGAGUAUCUAAAGCAACGCCUGUCUAAAGCCCUGUCCUUUGGCUCUGAUCUCUGGCAGGUUGCUCCACUAGCUUACUGGUCAUUUGGAGCCCUUAUGAGUGUGGCUUUGAGACACAACCUGUGUGCUGAGAAACCAGGGCUCCCCGGGGCGGAUCAAGUUUUUUGGAGCCAGCUAGAGGAGUUCAGGUAGCCACAGACCCAGAGAAGUUGGAAGUUUUCGAGAAAUUGUUCAGCAGUCCAAAUGAUUCCUUCAGUUAUGCUUCUCCAUUUGGUCCUUCUGCUCAUGUGUUCAGUUCAAGUGUCCUUUACCCCAGGCUCAGAGCUACUGCCUUUCUCAGUAAGACAGCUGGCCUAGUAGGUCGGCUUGUUGUAUUUAACACAAUGAAAAUGGGAUAAUGCUUUCAUGGUGUGGUCACCCUCUUCUGGUCUUGGCUGUUUUGUCCUUGGUACACGUGAGCUUCUGUUGUCUCCUGAUGGCUUGAGUGACUCUGAAAUGAGGGACAGUCUCUUGGGGACUGAGAUUCUUUUGUGCUGUUUGCUGUUUCUCUGCUGCUGUCUUGGCAAUUCUCCUCUCACUGGUCGCAGGUUCUUCUAAUACGGUUUGGUGAGAGAUUUUCCAAACCUCACAUGUUGGAUUCUAGUCUGUUAGCCCUCGCUCUGUGAAGUGUAUUCGCAUGUGUUCGCCCAAGAUGACUGUUCCUUGUGAGCCAGUUCAUGGUUAGCCACACCCUCCCCUCGUAAGCUGGAGUUUUGGGAUCCAGCCCACAUAGACAGACUCAAGCUUCUCGAGUUUUUUGUGAUCGGUAGUUGGUGCCAAGUUCUGCAUCUGGGCAGGAAAAUCCUCGCUUGCUUUUUAUGGAGAAAUACCUACAUAUGUGAAGUGUAGCACCCCCAAAACACACUGCCUGUUUUUCACCCCGGAGUAGUAACGACAACCUUUCUGUCCUUGAUGACCUGCCGUUCCUGCUUGGCUCCCUGUCAAAGCUGCUCCUCUGCAGGUGGCAGUGCUGCAGAGGGAGUGACAACGUAGCAAGUAAGCAUUGCCGCAGUUCACAUGCUGCCCUUUUCGUUUGCCAACAUUCCUGUCCGGGGGACUUGACCUGGCACCCCGGGUGGGCCCUCCAAGCAGGUGUCACUUUCCGCGUCUGGCCUUCUCCUACACUUCUCCUUGACCUUGUUGGAGUGGCUCCUGUGCCAUCUGAUCUCCUUUUCACCCUGUGCAAGUGGGCGCUCCGCUGUCUCCUGCUCCCAGGGAGCCAAACCGCUUCCCACUCAGGCUGGUGUCAUUUCCAGACAGGACCAAAGCCUGCGUGAGCCUUUUUAUUUGAAGUAAAAUGGUGCUUUUUUCCUUACUUCAAAAUACUGUAUACAGACAGUAAUGUAAAUGACACCUUUUCAUACAGAGCUGUUGAGUAUUGCUUUACAGAGCUCCCUGAAUCUGCUAGAACAAUCUUAGCUCUGGCUCCUGACCCUGUCCGCAAGGAAGACCUUCCAACAUUCCACUCAGGAGAGCGGGCCUCCUGGGAGAGCAGAGGAGACAGCACCAGAGCCACUGGGGGAAGAGUUUGAAUCCAGUUGAGGUCUGCUCACAGCAGUCUUCACUGUUUGUCACAUUGGUUGUGACUGGUCUCUUCAUAGUCUUCUUACAGCCCCACUGCAGCGUGGGCAGAUGGAAACACUCUUCCCCUUCAGUAGCGUAACAGUGUUCUUUUCUUUCUCAGGAUUAUUUCUGUACAUUUUCUUUGCUGUCUCUAAUCUGUCAGAGGUACAGUUGUUUCCUUGAGGUACUGACCUUCACUUGCUGUGGCAGAGGGCAUGCAGGUGGAUAAAGAAAGAACUGAUUCCAAAUGAGGGACCUGGAACUACGAUCUGGGGAAGGCCUGCUCGCCAGUCCCCAUGGGGCAAAGGAGGCUGCCAUCUUGUCCGGAUCGGAUACUCACUGGGCCUCCUGAUGGGCUUGCUAUCUCACAACUUGAACUGCUGGUGAUCCUUCUGCAGCAGGUCUUCACUCACAGGUGUCAUGCCUUUUGCUCCCCUCCCUGAGGUGACUUGGCAGAAUGACAGUGUAAUCCCUGGGAGGCCCAGUCCCUCUCCGCUCCCCUCAGUCCAGUUGGAAAACUUAGAAAAGACAAGUCUCUCUAGGUCUUGGAACUCUUGGAUUGAAGUCUUUUCAUUAACGAUGGGACAUUUGCAAGUAGCAUUAGCUUUUUGAAGUUUAACUGAACUAAGGAUGCACUUUCUUAUAGUCUUGUGGAUAUAAUAGGGGCACAAGUGAGACCCUCAGUAGCCUCCUUAGUUGCUGCUGUAUUUUGUGAGGGCCAAAGAGAUUAACUUUGCCUUGUUGCCAUGUCUCUGAGAUGUUGCCAUAUUUCAGCUCGAAGGGGCUACUUUUCCUCUUCCUCUUACUUUAACCAUGUGCCUGGAGGAGCCAUCUGGGCCCUUGCACUUGGCCCAUCCUUGCUUUGUCCGAGGCAGAGAAGGGAAUGGGGUUAGAAUACGUGUGCCAAGGGCUGUGUGCAAGGGCAGGCUCUCUUUCCACCCUGUUGUCAGAGGGAGACCUAUUUCUCUUGCUCCUAGCCUCUGUUAAUGCCUGUUUUGGAAAAAGAUCAUCCCGUUUGAAGGCUUUGUGAGGAAAGUCCUCUGCAGUUAGGAUUGACACCUGUUUCCUUCUGAAUCAGGCCUGGUGACUUUUCUGAAGGUGAGCAGGAGCCCUCAAAUGUGCAGAACAUCUGGUCGAUCUACCUGCCAGGCUGAUGUUUAUCUUGCUUUCUCAAUUUCUAAGAACUCCUUUUUUUCCCCUAAAGUUCUGCAGAAUUAUUUGACAGUAUCCAUCAGUAUCAUGUUUCCCUGUGGUAUAUGCUCUGUUCGGGUUUUUGUUUUUAACUCAAAUGCCUGUUUGGGAGGAGAUGAACGUACUUAGUAUAUUAGAUUGCGCUGCUGGAUUUUUUUUUUAAAGUGUAACCUUGACUAGCUCUGUAUUGUUUAUCCUGUAAGAUUAGUCUAUCGAUUAAAGUUUGAUAAUUAA